AUGCCGAUCCCUGAGUUACCAAUUUUCGUGGCCGCACAGCAACAUGCGAAGAGUGAUCCUCAGAAGAUUGCCGUCGUUGACUCGGUGAAGCAGCAGUCAUUCACCUUUACCCAGCUUUUGGAGGACGUCGCUGCCCUAAGGAAAGGCAUUCUCGAACAACUCGGGGUCUCAGACUUGGAGGAGCGUCGCAUUGCCUUCCUCGCGACCGGAUAUGAUUACGUAGUGACUCAAUGGGCCACUUGGGCUGCAGGAGGCAUUGCGGUGCCGCUGUGUACAUCUCACCCUGUUGCUGAGUUGCUGUAUGUGAUUGAAGACUCAGACCCGUCGCUGGUCAUCAUCCACCCCGCAUUCGAGAAAAUUGCCCCAGGACUGCGUGAGGGAUGCUCGACAGAUAUCCCUUUCAUGGGUCUUGAUCCAUUGAGCCGAAAUGAGAAGCCCUCGCUACCCUCUUUCUCGCCUUCUUUCCCGGUGACCCGCCGAGCACUCAUGAUCUAUACAUCAGGAACGACUUCCAGGCCCAAGGGCUGCGUAACCACCCACGAAAACAUCACCUUCCAAGCGAGCUCCUUGGUCAAAGCUUGGAAAUACUCGCCCUCGGACUACCUGAUCCACGUCUUGCCCCUUCACCAUAUUCACGGCAUUGUAAAUGGAUUGGUUGCCAGUCUUCUGAGCGGUACUACUGUCGAGAUGAGACCGAAAUUUGACCCCGCCGAGAUCUGGAAUCGCUGGCAGGAUCGCGACUCCUCGACCAUGUUUUUCGCAGUGCCGACAAUCUACUCUCGCUUGAACGACUAUUUCGAUGCAAACAUUCGUGGCACAGAUAAGGAGGACGCGGCUCGCGCCGGAGCACAAGCUUUGCGAUUGAUCGUGUCAGGUUCUGCUGCUCUGCCCACACCCAUCAAAGCGAAGUUUGCAGAAAUAUCGGGACAAACUCUGCUGGAGAGGUAUGGCAUGACAGAAAUUGGCAUGGCUUUGAGUUGUGGACUUGAAGUGGAAAAACGUAUUGAUGGCAGCGUUGGCUGGCCUUUGCCUGGCGUCGAAGUUCGAUUGACCAAGGACGGCAGCACUGUCGAUGCACACGAUGAGGAGGGAAUGAUUGAAAUCAAGGGCGGUAAUGUCUUUAUUGAAUAUUGGCGAAAGCCGGAGGCUACAUCUUCCGAAUUUACGUUGGAUGGAUGGUUCAAAACUGGUGAUGUCGCCAAACGAGAUGUCACCGGUGCAUACUUCAUCCAGGGACGAGCCUCUGUCGAUAUUAUCAAAUCAGGAGGAUACAAGAUCUCCGCACUCGAGGUUGAACGUAAAAUGUUGGCUUUGGAUACAAUUCAAGAAGUGGCAGUCGUUGGAUUGGCCGACCAAGAAUGGGGCCAGAGGGUCGCCGCUGUGGUCAAGUUUCGCGAUGGAACGACACCUCUUGAGCUUCCAGCACUGCGAUCAGAACUCAAACAAGAUAUGGCUGCUUACAAGGUCCCUACCGUUCUGAAAGUGGUCAGUGGUAUAGAACGCAACGCUAUGGGCAAGAUCAACAAGAAGAUUCUGGUACAGAAGCUCUGGCCGGAAAUUUCAUAG